UUAGUACGAUUCGAGUAGCCCGCGUGGUCAGUCGCGUAGCCGCUGUGCUACGAACGUCGUAGACCAGCUACGGAAGCGUAGCAAUUAGCACAAAAAAUCACGCAGCAGUUAUUGGCCGACUUUUAUUAUUAUUUAUAUUUUAGAACAAUAAAUCAGUUUUUUAAUGACUCAAUUAGCAAUAACGAUAUUAAAUCUGCACCUAAAACUUUCAAAUUAGUUGAAAUAUUCAAAUUAAAGUGUUCUCUCAAAAAUAUAUCGGAAUAAGAUUAUACUCCAAGGGAAAAGCGGUUAGCGGUUGAGAUGACGAACGAUUCGAAGGGUGGUGGUGCAGAAGCACGGGAGCCGCGCGGGUCCUGGCCGCGACGGUCUGAUGACGUCAAGAUAGAGUUCGGAUUUGGGGUGCCUCUCGGAUCUAUGUCUGCUCAUCCAGCCUUCCACUCCGCCUGGGAUAUUGGGUACCCAUCGACAGGCUUCCACCACAUGGCAAGGAUGAUGGACCGCAUGAUGACCGAGAGCCUCCAGCCGUUCUGCAGUUUUGCGAGGAUGACCAAACGACACACUGGUAACGAGUCUUCCAAGGAACCGCCGAGAGACGGACUCCGCACGGAAAGGAGCGAUGCUCGGAGACAACGAGCCAAGAACGACACUCAUGCUGCCAACGGAACUAGACAUCCACAGACUCAAGUUGUUCGCCCAACACCAAAUGUUGGAUUCCAAGGUCAGCCAGCAGACCAGGGGAAGCAAGCGACUGACCCAACAACAGAGAAAUGGGCGACAACAUUAAGAAAACGAAACUCUGACAUCCACCCGACGUUGCCUUCAAUCGUCCCGAGGAAAACAUCUUCAUCAACGUGUUCUGUUGGCAGUGGUAGGAAAGCUAGAUCAAUCGAUAGAGCCGUGAAGCCUAAAACACGACAACUGGCACCAAUCAAGCCCACAGUCAGAAAAGAUGUUCCCUCAGAAGGAAAUGAUGUCAGACUUUUAGAAAAAGAUGAAAAAGUGUUCGAUGCAACUGGAUAUGAGUUGCAUUUAGUUGAGACUUUAGAGAGAGAUAUAGUCCAGAAGAAUCCAGACGUUCGUUGGAAGGAUGUCGUGGGUUUAGACGACGCAAAAUCAGUUUUACAGGAAGCCGUUGUAUUACCGCUUGUCAUGCCUGAUUAUUUUAAGGGUAUUAGAAGGCCAUGGAAGGGCGUUUUGUUGACUGGUCCACCAGGCACAGGCAAGACUUUGUUGGCCAGAGCAGUGGCCACGGAGUGCCGGACUACUUUCUUCAAUGUAUCCUCAGCAACGCUCACGUCUAAGUACCGAGGCGAUUCCGAAAAGCUCGUCAGAUUGCUAUUCGACAUGGCGGCGUUUUAUGCACCAAGUACGAUAUUCCUCGACGAGGUAGACUCCCUCUGCGCAGUCCGUGGUGCGGACUCUGAGCACGAGGCGUCGCGUCGUUUCAAGGCCGAGCUGCUCAUACAAAUGGAUGGUCUAGCUGCUGCCUUUAAUAAGGACAAAAUUAUUAUGGUGCUGGCAGCUACAAAUCAUCCGUGGGAUAUAGAUGAAGCUUUCAGAAGAAGAUUUGAGAAGAGAAUCUACAUUGGUCUUCCAGAUGAGUCCACGCGGGUGCGACUUCUAAAGCUAUGUCUUCGUGAUGUAGUGAUGGCUGAAAACGUUGACCUUGCACAGCUAGCGGAACGUCUAGAAGGUUACAGUGGCUCCGACAUCUGCAACCUUUGCAGAGACGCAGCAAUGAUGACGAUGCGACGGAAGAUAGCUGGAAAGAAUCCUGAGCAAAUCCGACAGAUAAAACGAUCAGAGCUCGAGGCUCCGAUCAGCAAAGACGACCUGGACGCGGCCGUUGAGAAGACCAGACGCACGGUGACACCAGCCGAUGUCGCCAAGUACUCUAGCUGGAUGCAACGCCAUGGGUGUUCCUAGCGGCGCGCCACGGCGCUCCAGGCGCUCCUCCAGCGUAUGCGCGAUUCCUGAGGCGCGUACGCACCGAUCGAUACGGUCGGAAGGUUCAACUACAUGCAACAUUCUGUGAAGUCAAGAACUAAAAUGUGAUCGUCAGCAGUGCUGGUGUAGGUGGACUUGAAAGAACUUAAAUUGUGAAAUGAACUGAUCAAAACAAUGUAAUUUAAAAGCUAGACAACAAAUACACGAUCUGUAUUAUUCGCAACGUUUUUAAUGUAAACGCAGUUUAGAUAAACGUAUCCGCGACGUCGAUCUUUGUAGAGCCAUAUCUUUGAUCAUCUGGUCGGGUACAUGCAAGUGUGAUUUGUUCUUUAUUGGAAAGAACCCUCUGAAUUUUAUAAGAACGUAUUUUUUGACUAGGAAAUGUUAACAGAGUGGAGGACAUUUAGUGCGAAGUGAAACUUAUAGACUAGACACAAUUUUUUAUAGGUUUUUAUUAACUGAUAUUUUAAACUUAAAAAAAUUGUAAACAUCGAUGAGAACUGCACUAGAUAGGUGAGCUAAUGCACAAUUUAUUGCACAUAUUUUGUAAAUAGUUACCUAUAUAUUUGAUACGUUUUAUCACAAAUUAUGUCCUAAUUGGCUUUUAGGCAUGUACCUAGUAAUAAUGGUUGUAAUCAAGCUUUUGGACUUUUGUUCUUUGGCUUAGAAAUUAUUUGUUUUGUAAUCAUUUCAGAGUUAAUCACGAUAUUUCCGGUAUACUUUAGGACGACUAUUUUCUACGUCAAAGAAAAUUGUGAGUUAUCGAAUAUGUUUAGUAAGUUAGGGUUAGGUUAUUUUGACUCGAGUGUUAUUCAAAAAUAGCACUCAUAUUCGGGUAAGAUUUGUUUAUUGAGGAACAGUGUAAAAUAUGUAAGUGUUUUGUAAUCAUUAUUGUU